AUGGGCACGUUACCCUUAGCAUUCCACUUGUCGCGUCAAAGUUUGAGGAAACUCGAACUCUGGGGUGCAGGACUCCUACUUGGCGCCGCUUUGACAGUUGUGAUCCCUGAGGGUAUUUCAAAUGUGUACAGGCAUCAAAUACCACCUCGUGAUGCGACUACAAGUCUGAUCAGCUCGAAAGAUCUUAUAGCAGUUUGCCUAUUGAGUGGAUUCCUGCUCAUGUUCAUUGUCGACCAGCAAAUGAUUGUCCACUCGAUAACGCGAGGCGAUUCCAGCGCACAGUUGCCUGUAAGAGAUGAUGUGUCGGAGUCAGGAGCGACCAUGAGAUGGCAGCCCAAUACAGGGACGCCACAGGUGCCAUUCCGCUCGGUCAUUGGCGGACUUCUGGGUGUCCUUGUGCAUGCAGGGGCAGAUGGCGUGGCUAUGGGCUCAUCAGUCGAGAGCUCGGACGUGUCACUGCGAGUGGUUGUGAUUCUGGCGAUCAUGGUGCACAAGGCGCCAGCAUCAAUCGGCAUUUGCACGCUUCUUAUGGCACGGCAACUACCGAAAUCUCAAAUCCGGCUUGCCGUGCUUGUGUUCGCUGUAACGACGCCUAUCUUUGCAUUUUUGACGUAUGGAAUCCUGCAAGCUUUGCUGUCAGCCACAGGUACCAAACCUGGCUUUAUUGGCACUCGUGACAUUGGUGCCAUUCUCUCGUUCAGUGGCGGCACGUUCUUGUAUGUCUCUAUUCAUGCUGUGAUGGAGCUGGCCUCCCCUGCAGCGAAUCUACAUGCACUUUCGAACCAGCGCGUCCAUCACCCACAUGAUCACGAUCAUCCUAUCCACGCACAUGCCACGGAAGCUCGUCGAUUGAGCGGCACGUCACCACCUCUGCCUUCAUUUCUUCAAGAACAUCCUACAGAUGAAAGCGAGCGCCUACUGAGUCAUUCUGCGUGGUCGCUUGUGUUUGUGGCUCUAGGCUCCGUUGUGCCGCGCCUCCUUCAGUUGGUUGUCGGUCACGACCACGACGGCUAA